AUGCAUGCAGCAUGGGAUGAAGGAAAACAAAACAAUUACUACACUGACAAUGAAUCCACACAUAUACAACUGAAAGAUCAUCAAUACUCAUAUGUUGCAUCCAAUGCUGAGGUCAAAGAUCAUCCAGUGCCAUUUUUCUGGUACGGUGAGUCGAAAAACAAUGCAAAAGAUCACCCACAACAACUUCAUUCAUACCCAUCAUCUAAGAAUCAGAUAAUUAACGAUUACCCGGAAGCAAAGUUAUUGUUCUUGGAACACAACUUGCAUCAAGGAGAAGAACUGAAGUUGCACUUCACGAAAGACAACCAAAAAACAGCGUUUUUACCAAAAGAAAUCGGUAAUUCGAUACCCUUUUCGUCAAAAGAUCUUCCUGAGAUCUACAACAAGUUCUCGGUUAAACCUCACUCGGUUGAAGCCAAAAUCUUGAAGCAAACACUUCACUUUUGCGAGCUAAAACCGAUCCAUGGCGAAAAAAUACAUUGUGCGACUUCAUUAGAAUCCAUGGUCAAUUUUAGUACCGCAAAACUAGGUGCAAAGGUGAAAGCGCUUUCAACAGAAGUGAAGGCUAAAGAAAGCACCCUGUCACAAAAGUACAAAGUUGAGUGGGUUAAAAAGUUCCCCCCCGCGAAUGAAGCUGUGGUUUGCCAUAAGCAAAACUACGCGUAUGCUGUGUUUUAUUGCCACACAGACGUUGGCACUCGAUCGUAUGCGGUUUCUUUGGUGGGUGAGGAUGGUACCAAAGUGAAAUCAGUGGCGGUUUGCCAUACGGAUACCGCGAAUUGGGCCGAUGACCAUUUGUCGUUUCAAUUGCUUAAUGUGACACCAGGGGUUCCGGUUUGCCAUUUCCUACCUGAAGAUCUUGUCCUUUGGGUUCCAUACUAAAAUAUCCAACUGGUUUGGGUAUAUUUCAAGAAUCUGUAAGGCUGAGUAGUGUGACAAAUUAUGUCACUUAUCCUUAUGUCUGGGUGUAUCAGUAUAUGUAUCCUUAUG